CAGCUUUCUCAUAAACCCUAACCCCGCCAAUACCUCCCUUUGGGUUCCAGCUCCCCCAAAUAAAUAGCUUCUCAAAACAGAGCCACUUUCUAGCCCUCUCUUUGCAGAAUCGCUCUCAAAGCUCUAAAGCUCCCUCCCUUACCGCCCAAGUUUCGCCAGAGAGAAAAAUGGAUCGGUACCAGAAGGUGGAGAAGCCGAAGGCUGAGACACCGAUAAACGAGAAUGAACUGAGGAUUACAGCUCAAGGGAGAAUGAGGAAUUACAUUUCUUACGCUAUGACUCUGCUUCAGGAGAAAGGUGCCAAUGAGAUUGUGCUUAAAGCCACUGGCAGAGCUAUCAACAAGACGGUCAUGAUUGCUGAAUUAAUUAAGAGGAGGAUUGUCGGUCUUCAUCAGAAUACAUCAACUGGAUCAAUAGACAUAACCGACACAUGGGAACCACUAGAAGAAGGCCUUCUUCCCCUCGAAACCACCCGCCAUGUUUCAAUAAUCACAAUAACAUUGUCAAAGAAAGAGCUGGAUUCAUCUUCGAUAGGAUACCAACCACCAAUCCCAGCUGAUCUAGUGAAGCCAUUGGCUGAGUUUGAGGACAAUGAAGGAGAGACCUCCCCUGACAUCCAAGGCAAAGGAUAUGGGCAUAGUGACCAAGAAAAAUAUGGAGGCAAUAUCAAUGGCGUGGUGGAGCACAGGAAUGGAGGAUGGGAUGGUGGGCGAGGAUAUGGAGGCAGAGGUCGGGGUCGUGGGAGGGGACGUGGUUUCCGUGGGCGUGGGAGAGGAGGCUAUGGUGGUGGAAAUAUGCAGUGGGACUCAGGAUAUUACAAUGGUAAUGGUCCAUCAGGACCGUUGCCUGGCCAGGGUCGUGGUCGUGGACGUGGGAGGGGCAGGGGACGUGGUCGUGGUCAGGGUUUCAGAUCCGAUUUCAGAUCCGACGGUCCAUUCCAGAAAACCGCUUGAGCAUCUAAGCUUUUGCCUUGGGCAGAAUUAUGGUUUUAGGUUUUGAAACAAAAGCACUGGAUGCCUGCUUUCCGUUCAUCGUCAGUCUUGUCUUUAGUACAAAUGGUUAGACACUAUUUAAGGCUUUGAUUGGAAAGUUGAGUUGUAGGGACCUUUUUCUAAUAUUUGUUUUGACUUUCUAGGCCGCAAUUUUUGUAGGAAACUAGUUGGUAGGAUAUUUUAUCACGCUCUGCCAAUGUUGUACAAUUUCUACCUCUUUUCUUUCUUUUUUUUCCGGGUUUUUUUUUAUUGAGAAUUAUUUUCUUCGAAAUAAUGGAGCACUAACAUUCCUUCA